UACAUUGUUCACUAAUUUCGUUCUAUUUAAUUCUUCACAACCGAACAGAUCAUAUAAUUUAUAGCCAUAUCCUGAUGAUCGAUAAUCCCUCUCCCUCCAAUCAGCUCAUGCAAACCUCAGAAACAAUGGUUGUGGGGGAGACCACACUGAGCUCAAACCCGUUCUCACACAAUAUACUGAGGAUCAAAAUAUCAUCAUCCACGUCAUUAAAAUGUUUCUUCAAUUCCAACUUGCAAGCGUCCCUGUCCUUGGCAUGGUCUCCCAUCUCUUGAUCACCUUUUUUUAUAUAUCUAGUUGCCCAUUCUCUAUAUAUUACAAUCCUUCACCUCUCUUCUCAUCUAAAGUUGUCGUCCAUUGUCUCCCUUCAACAUCCUCCUCGACCAUGCCGAGAAAGAUAGGAGAAGUCAUGUGGCCUAGAUUAGUAGCUAGUAAAAUCUUGAGAAAAACAUUGGGUAGCAAUAACUUCGUAGCGGACUUUCCAAGCGGCUUCGAGGAUUCUUCACUUGAACUCCCUAGUUUGGAUGGUGCAUCAGAAUAUAAUCCCAAGUCCAUCUCCACGGAUCAUAAGGAGUCAAAAAACUACAAGGUUUUUGUCAGUACAUGGAAUGUGGGUGGAGUUUCACCAACUGAUGAUUUGGACAUGGAGGAUUUUCAAGAUACACAGAAUAAUGCUCCUUGUGACAUCUAUGUUUUCGGGUUCCAAGAAGUAGUUCCUCUCAGAGCUGCAAAUAUCCUUGGAUAUGAGGAGGGUAAAAUUUGCAUGAAAUGGAAUUCCUUGAUCAGGAAAACCCUAAACAAAAAUACAUGCGGUGCUGAACAUGACUUUCGGUGUCUCAUCAGUAAGCAAAUGGUUGGAAUAUUGAUAUCCGUCUGGGUUCGAACUGAUCUUCUUUCUUUUGUACGAGGCCCUAGUGUUUCAUGUGUAGGCUGUGGCAUCAUGGGAUGUCUUGGAAAUAAGGGUUCAGUAUCAGUAAGAUUUCGAUUACAUGAAACGAGCUUCUGCUUUGUGUGCAGUCAUCUAGCUUCAGGGCGCAGACUCGGCGAUGAGAAGCUCAGAAACUCUAACGUGGCCGAUAUACUUUCACGUACAAGCUUUCCUCGAGGCCCCACCCUUGAUUUUCCAAAAAAGAUCCUAGACCACGACCGAGUAAUAUUUCUUGGAGACUUGAAUUACAGGAUCUCCUUGCCGGAAGAUGAGAUUCGCCUACUAGUUGAAAAAGAAGAAUGGGACAUAUUACUGGGAAAUGAUCAGCUAAAGCAAGAGACAAGGGAUGGUGAAGCAUUUGAAGGUUGGCAUGAAGGAGUAAUCAACUUUGCUCCUACUUAUAAGUAUAAUUUCAAUUCUGAUACAUACUAUGGUACCAUUGAUGGUGGAAGAAAAGACCAGAAGAAGCGCGCUCCUGCAUGGUGUGACCGGAUAAUGUGGUUCGGGGAAGGCUUAAAGCAGCAUCUAUACACGAGAAAUGAAUCAAAACUAUCAGAUCACAGGCCAGUAAAGGCUGUUUUCACCACCCAAGUUGAGGUUUUGCACACAGUUGAGGGAUUUCAGGGUUUCUUCUUGUCACAAAGCUUUGAUUUCAAGCCAAUUAAAGAUGACAAUGGAUCAUAAAUUCUAAUAUCGUUUGUAAUGUAACUGUUUGAGGCAUUAUUUUUUGACUAGUACGAUUAUAAUAUGGUGUAAAAUUUUGUUAGUUUUAGAGUCGGCGAUGAGACUGCGGGAAGGUUGCAUGCAUGUUGUAUUAAACUAAUUUGGUGAUGAGUAUAUAUAGUUCAUUAUUUUGUA